ACGAGCUGCACUCGAAGGCAUCGCGAGCCUCCAUCGGACAGCCUGUCAGCAACAAGCCCGAUUCCACUUGAUUGCAGUGGUGCUUUCCAUCGCUCACAUUUGCUCAUAAUAUCGACAGAAAAGGGAUAGUUCCCCUCCUUUACGUUGGACCGCAGCACUAAACUGGACGAAGGAGGAAGAUGUCGUCCGCUUACAAAGAUGGCGAGGAGGACUGGCUGACCGUGUGUCUCAAGUACCUGCUCUUUGUCUUCAACUCGCUCUUUUGGGUGGGUGGUGCCGCCGUCCUGGGCGUGGGCGUGUGGACGCUGGUGGAGAAGAGCGAGUUCUUGAGCCUGCUGGCGUCCAGCACGUUCGCCGUCGCCGCCUACAUCCUCAUCCUGGCCGGCGGCCUGGUGGUCGUCACGGGCUUCCUGGGCUGCUGCGCCGUCAUCCGCGAGCAGAGGAGCUGUCUCUCCGCUUAUUUCUUCUGCCUCCUGUUGAUCUUCCUCAUUGAACUGGUGGCUGGAGUUCUGGCUUAUGUCUAUUACCAGAGGCUGAGCGAGGAGUUGAAGCAGCAUCUCAAACAGACCAUGACGGACAACUACGCCCAGCCGGGCAAGGAGGCCAUCACCUUAGCGGUGGACAAACUGCAACAGGAUUUCAAGUGCUGCGGCAGCGACAGCUACCAAGACUGGACGAGCAGCGCGUACAUCGCGUCCAAGCGCGCCGACGGCCGGCUGGUGCCCGACAGCUGCUGUAAGUCGGUCACGCCCGACUGCGGCGUCCGGGACCACCCGUCCAACAUCUACAAGGUGGAGGGGGGCUGCAUCACCAAGCUGGAGCAGUUCCUGGCGGACCACCUGCUGGUCAUCGGGGCCGUGGGCAUCGGAGUGGCCUGUCUGCAGCUGGCCGGGGCAAUCUUGACUGCCUACUUUAUCUAUCUUCUCUAUAAAGAAGAGGAGGAGGACUUGGCUACGUUGUGAUUGUCGUUAGCGGCGCACUUCGGCUCCUUGCGUUGCUCUGCAGAUCUGUGGGAUGGUGCUCACCUGCUGCUUGUACAGGAGGAUCAAGAUGGAGCCUUACUGACGCGCCCCACGUCACCUGCGCUCCACAUUCUGGCUUUUUUUUUCUUUUUCUUUUUUUGUGUUUGGUGAACAAUGGAGGCUUCCUGGAGCAUGUCUUGCCUUUAAGCUUCUUUAUGAGACAAACUGAAGGGGCUAUACUCACUUCACGCUUCAAUGGCGGUAAAAUGUUGUCUGCCGGCGUUUGUGCUCGUCAAUUAUGAAUGUGUCUGAAAUAUACAAACAAAAAAAUGGCGCAGACACGGUACACAUUGCAUAACGUGCCUGAUAACAUAACCAAAAAGUGAGCUUUGAGUGUAAUGGCGCAUGUAUAUAUGGGAAGAAAGCAGAGUAGCCCUAGUACCUUGAAUUCCGAGUAUUUUCCUGCGACUGGCCACAAUAUUAUGCGCGCUUCUGUAUAAAAAGGAGCCAAAAUAUGAGCAACAUCUCUUUUUAUUUUUGCAGGAGAAAAAUACAACCACAUUGUCAAUCAAAACUGAUUAUAAUUGAAUCCUGUUUGAUGUACUGUAUAUGUUUUGUAUGUUCGUGCAGGUUGACCUAAUGAAGUGUCCAGUGAGUUUUUAAUUUUAAUUUAAAUUUUAUUUUUUUUUAAGGGGAACUUCCACUCCUUGACUGGUGCUAAUGAAAGGAAUUCACAUGCUCCAAAUAUUCUCUGUACCAUCCCACCAAAUUAAAAACAAAACUGCAAUCCAGUUGACAAGUGCUGUUCGAGCCGCUAGAGGGAGACAAAGCUCACAUUUGCGAUUGCGUACCACUGCACUACCUCUGCUUGGCCUCGAGCGUUGUGUCUUGUGUCAUAUUCGAUUUCUGUUCAAGAUGAGCUCCUUUUGUGAAGUCUGAGCUUGCCUUCUGUUUUAUUAUCAUGUAAUUAUAAUCCAAACUAAGGGCUCCCCGAUAAUUUCUCUCAACUUUGCCGCAUUCAAACCACAUUUAGGCCCUCGUAAAGCGCUUGUGUGGUUGUUGGGGUCCUGUUGUUACCGCUCGGCUAUUCUAGUUUCCCCUCCCUUGGCUCCGGAGGUCCUGCGCCGUAGCGCGGAUUGCGUCGUCACAGUCGCCCGUUUAAAGGACAAAAAAGUGCCUCGCAAGGGUCUUGAGUAACGGCCAACAUUUUGUCCUCCUGGGAACGGCUUGCGAAGGUGUCGAAAAAUGCUUUCAAACUUGACUUCGAGGAUUUCCCCAGAUGCAUUUGUCCACAAAACAUGAAACAAGCUCACGGAUUUCAGUGUCAAGUCUGUUUGCCUUGUAAACAUGUUGUCAAUCACUUGGUUUUUCCUGUGUCUGUUCAACUAUUGUCCGGCCAUGUGCACCUGCGUCCAAUAACCCGCCGCCUUCAUCGUUAUACGCGUGUGGGAACACUUUUGGGACGCGCACAUCUGCGCGCGGGGGUCCGAGGUUUGUUUGGCCACGGUUGAUUAGCCGUGCUUGAAGCCGCGCAACGUGAUGUAAACACUUCACGGGGAUUUUGAAGUGAGUAAGCCGUUACAGUGUCGGCUAUUUGUCACGUGGAAGCGAGGAGGAGGGGGGGGGGGGGAAAGUUCCUGUUCUAGAAGGAGUUUUUCCCUCUUUAGAACAUUAACUUGGGGGUGUUACGUGAACGUGUGUUGCUUGCUGUCAUGUGUUGUCUCACCUCAAAGCAGACGGAUUAUAGACAAUGGACUUUUUAAUUGUUUGUGUGGAAAUAGUCGGCUCUCCUGAGUGCUUGCCUAUGCAUCAAGUGUGAAAUUAAACGGCAAAAUAAAUCUA